AUGUCCAUCGUCCUGCCCGACUGGGUCGCCCACUACGGAGACGACAAAAAGGUUAAGCGCGGCACCAUCUUUAGCGUCUCCGUUCACCCAGACGGCAGCCGCGUCGCAACCGCCGGCAUCGACUCCAAGAUCCGCAUCUGGGCCACCGCUCCCAUCCUCUCGGCCGACGAGUACGCCCAGCCGGGCACCCACAAGCUCCUCUCCACCCUCGACCGACACACCGGCAGCGUCCUCGUCGUCCGCUGGUCCAACUCGGGCCGCUUCCUCGCCUCGGGCUCCGACGACACCAUCGCCCUCAUAUGGGACAUUGACACCACCGGCAUGGGCAUCGGCGGCAGCUUUGGCUCCACCGAGGUCAACAUCGAGUCCUGGAGGCCCCACCGCAGGCUCGUCGGCCACGAGUCCGACGUCGCCGACAUUGCCUGGUCCACCGACGACGAGUUCAUCGCCACCGUCGGCCUAGACUCGCUCGCUUUCGUCUGGUCCGGCACCACCUUCGAGCGCCUGCGCAAGAUCGACGGACACCAGGGCUUUGUCAAGGGCGUCGCCUUUGACCCGCUCGGCCAGUACCUCGCCACCGCCUCAGACGACAAGACGGUCAAGGUGUGGAAGACCGAGGACUGGAGCCUCGCCGCCGACAUCUCGGCCCCCUUUACCACCAGCCCAUCCUCGACCUUUUUCCGCAGGCCCAGCUGGUCGCCCGACGGCAGCUUCCUCACCUGCGCCAACGCCAUGAGCGGGCCCGUCUUUGUCUCGAGCGUCGUCAAGCGCGUCGACUGGAACAGCGACGUCUCGUUUGUCGGCCACGAGAACUCGGUCAUUGUCACCGCCUUCAGCCCAAAGAUCUUUGCCGGCUUCGACGGCGGCAGCCACUCGUGCGUCGUCGCGCUCGGCUCCAUGGACCAGAGCGUGUCGAUCUGGGUCACCGGCCUCGACCACCCCGUGCUCGUGGCCAGGGAUCUCUUCAACCGGCACGUCAUGGACCUCUCCUGGUCAUCGGACGGCUACACCCUGUACGCGUCGUCGUCGGACGGCACCGUGGCAGUCAUCACGCUGACGCCCGAGAUCCUGUCCGAGGCGCUCAGCGAGGAGCGGCUGCAGGCGUCGCGGGCCAAGCAUGGGUACAAGCGGGCCCGGGCCGCGCUGCCCUCGCACAUCUCCAACCAGUCCGUCGGCACGCUCGAGCGACCCAAUGUGCUUCAGGUGCGCAAGGCCGGGCGCGCCGUCCCUUCGCCUUCGCCCGCCGUCCGACCGGCAGCCAGCCGCACCGAGCGCCUCAAGCAGGAGAUCACCAUCACCCGGGACGGCAAGAGGCGCAUCAAGCCAACGCAGAUCAGCAGCGACGGCUUCGCCACCGACACGGCCAUCCAACCUGCGUACGGCCACGUCAAUGGUCACGCCGCCUCGGCAGCGGCUGGGCCAUCCCAGGGCGGCUCGGAGCUUGCGCGCCGACCCUCGUCGUCGUCGCGCAUGAUGAUGCCGCGAGGAGGCUCGCCGGGGCCGGGGGUGGAAGAGGCCAUGACCAGGAUGAUGUCGAUGUUUGUGCAGACGCAGCAGCAGCUCCAGCAGCAGCAGGCGCAGCAGUUCCAGCAGCUCCUCGAAGCGCAGCAGCAGGCCCAGGCGCGCGCGCAAGAGCAGCAACAGCAGCCGCAACGGCCGCAGGAGGGCGCAAUCGAAGUCGACGCAGACGCCACUGCCCCGCCGUCGACCGAGACGCGCGGCGAGAAGCGAAAGGCCGCGUUCGGCGACGAGGACAUUGAGCCGCUCAGCAAGAUCCCGCGGAGCCGGACCAAGGCCGAGAUCGGCAGGACGCUCGGUGGCGAGACGCCGAGGGAGCCGGUGGGACGCACGGUGGCACUGCGGCGGCGCAUCGAGGGGUCGGUGGGCAUCGUCGAGGACGGCGUGCACCGAGGAGUCCGCCUGGCGGUGCCCGAGCUGCUCAACGUCUACCGGCGCGACGAGGAGCACGGCACCGUCGAGAUCCGCAACUUUGACGCCAGCCGGCCGAGCGAGAUUGCGCUCCUCGACGGCAGCGAGAGCGACUCGGUCGUCUGGCUCGACUUUUCGCCGUCGCCGGGCAUCCUGGCCACGGCGACGCCCCACUUUUCCGCCGUGGCGCUCGAGGACAGCAGCGUCCUGAUCUACUCGCCAAAGGGGCGGCGGACGGGCAACCUCUUCCUCGACUCGCCCUGCUUCCGCCUGGAGAGCAACGGCAACGUGCUGAUGGCCAUCACGGUGAGCGGGCUGAUGCACCGCUGGGACAUCCGGGCCGACCGCGAGAUCCACCGGCCUGUCUCGGUGCUCCACGUGCUGGGCGAUCCGGCCAACCUGGUCUCGGCGUCGAUCCACGCCAACGGCGCGCCCAUCAUCCUGCUGCGCACGGAAAAGGUCUACACGUUCGACGACCGCAAGCUCGGCUGGGUGUGCGUGGGCGAUGGCUGGUUCGCCGACCACUCGAUGGCCUGGGACGGCAAGACGCGCGGCCGCGGGACGGACAAUGCCAUCGCGCGCGACCCGGUCAAGGCCAUCGAGGCCGAGAUCAACAACCUGGUGGUGGCGCGCAGCCAGCGCGAGUCGCCCGUCGCCGCCCCUGCAGCUUCUGCCGCCGACAGGGAGGGCGGAGACGGUAACCAAGGUGAUGCGGACGGCGGCGAGCGGGCCGGUAGCGGCGGCAGCGGCGGCAGCGGCGACGACGGCAACGCCGACGCGCAGCGACCGGCCCGGAUGCAGGUGCCGAGCGAGCGGGAAGACGACUUCAAGCUGGCCGUGACGCUGCGCCACCUCGAGACGCGCAUGCUGGCGGCCGUGAUUUUCGGCAGCGCCAGCGAGUACAAGCUGCACCUGAUGGCCUACGCGCGGUGGCUGGGCGAGGAAGAGAUCCGCAACCAGAGCGAGGACCUGAUCAAGAGCCUCAUCGGGCCCAUCUACCACAAACCCGGUCUGGACGACGAGUGGGAACCGACGAUUCUGGGACACGACAAGAGGCAGCUGCUCGGAACCGUGCUCCAGGUGCUCGCCAAACCGCGCCUCCUCACCGGCCUCGUACAGCCCUACCAGGAAAUCCUGGCACAGAUGAAGACCUGA